AUGUCUCUCGCCGAAAAGCUCGACAAGAUUCGAUCGCCCAAGCUGGAGGGGCAACAACAGACUCGAAUUGUACUCUCCAGUGUUGACGAGACCCUCAAAGCCCAAAAAUCUGAGGCGGACCCUACAGCUUAUUUUGCUGUUCUUCUCGACCUUCUCCGACAAGCCACUUCUAGCACUGGGGUAAAAAAAGAUCUAGCAACUCCAGCAAUAUACCUUCUAGAUGUUAUUGCGCCCUAUGCCCCGCAGGCCCUACUCCGAUCGAAAUUCUCCCAAUUCGUCACCUAUCUCGCCCCCGCCUUGAACUUCCCCGAAGCCGACGCUCCUCUCCUCAGACCAUGCUUGGGCUGUCUUGAGACAUCACUGCUAGCACAAGAUCUGGCAUCAUGGAAUCUACCUCAAACACAGAUUGGACCUCGAGGUGCUCUGGCUGGCCUGCUAGGACUGGCUGUAGACCACAGGCCCAAAAUCAGGAGACGGGCACAAGAAGCUAUUGUCAAAGUUUUAAAGAAUCCUCCACCGAGCCCAUCUAGUGAUCACCCAGCAGCCGAUAUGUGCGCAGAAGCCGCAUUGAAGAGCUUGAGUGACCUCGCGUCUAGUUCGAAUCAAGCAAAGAAGCAGAAGAAGGGUGGACCGGCUGAACAUGAGCCAGGGAUGAUACACGCUUUACAUUUGGUAAAGACGGUAGCUUCGGCAUCAGGUGGUUGGCCAAGUAAGAAGAUCGAGGAGCUGUGCGAGGUUCUGCUCAAUAUUUCGAAAUCGAGUAACGAAUACAUGACUAUGGCUGCUUUCGAGGUUUUUGAAAUCAUAUUCGAGGGCAUGGCAGAUGAUGAAUCCUCAGCCAAACUUCCCAGACUUCUCGAAGUUAUAUCAGAACUCAGACCCUCGCAGAACGAUUCACAGCUUUUACCGCCAUGGAUAGCUGUCAUUUCGAGAGGAUAUGAUGUUUCCGCACAGAUUGAACCAGACGAGACUUUCCAAAAGCUCCCCGAGCUGUUCAAUAUGAUCUCAUCAUUCCUGACGUCUUCAUCUCACAAUAUUCGAGUUUCAGCAUCAGAGUGUUUGAUCUCAUUCAUGGCAAACUGUGUUCCAGACUCGGUGUUAUUAGAGCCUUCAAUUUAUGACGAGAAGGUUUUAGAGAAGCUUGCAAAAGCGGCCGUGGAUUUAUUAAGCGUGAAGUACCAAGCCGCUUGGAUGGAGACUUUCAACGUGAUAGGAGCAAUGUUCGAUGGCUUGAGAUGGCGAGCUGACCCGAUACUCACAAAUGUUGUUAAGACUAUUGGCGAGCUUCGUGGAAAUGAUUCUUUCGCUGGAAAGAAAGAGGCCGAUGAGAUUCUCGGAAAAGCUAUUCGGGCUAUGGGCCCAGAAAGCGUUCUGAGCAUUAUACCCCUGAACUUGGCAAAGCCACAAGCUGGAAAACCGGGUCGAGCUUGGUUGCUUCCCAUUCUGCGUGACUACGUCAGCAAUACGAAUUUGCAGCACUUCAAGACCGAGUUUGUUCCUCUCAGCGAGAUGAUGUUCCAGCGUGUCAUUGACAACGGCGACGCUGAGAAGACCAUGGAGAUCAAAAUAUUUGAAACCCUUGUUCAGCAGAUAUGGGCACUGUUACCUGGAUACUGUGAUCUGCCACUUGAUCUCGCGGACUCUUUUGACCAAGGCUUUGCGGAAUUGGUAGCGAACUUGCUGUACAAGCAAGUCGAACUCCGUUCUGAUGUCUGCAGGGCGCUUCAGACCCUGGUAGACUCUAACAAGGCUAUUGUUGCAAUUGAGACUGAGGAUAAUCUUGUCCUGCAAAGUCGAGUUUCCAAGGCUAUGGCCCAGAAGAACCUGGAUUAUCUGUCUGGCUUUGCGAGUAACAUGCUUGCAGUCUUGUUCAAUGUUUACAGCCAAACAUUGCCUCAAUACAGGGGCUAUAUUUUGCAAUGCAUCAACGCCUAUCUGAGCAUUACUCCCUCUAAGGAGCUCAUGGAGACAUUCGAGAGAGUUACUACAACCCUACAAUCGUCUCUCACAGAAUCAGCAGCACAGACUCAAGCGGAAAGACAAAAGCAGAAAGAGCAAAACGCCGUGGACAAGAUGCCCCCAAUGAGCCAUACUCUCAUGGAUCUGGUCAUCACUAUCGCUAUCUACCUACCUCGAGAGAGUUUCAUUACUCUCUUCAACAUCUCAUCUGUCAUUAUAGUCAUGGAUAGCGAUCCGCAGUUGCAAAAGAAGGCAUACAAACUCAUCCCAAGACUCGCCGAGUCCCCUCUCGGUCAAUUGGCUUUGAACGAACGAAGCUCUGAACUCCAGCAGCUACUCGUGAACAGCGCAGAGAAAGUCUCACCACCAGCGCGAAAAGACCGUCUAUCAGCCAUCUCAACACUCGUCCCAUUCAUCCCCAACUCCUCCCUCCAUUUCAUCCCCACAAUUCUCUCCGAAGUAGUAAUCUCUUGCAAAGAAGUCAACGAGCGGGCCCGCACAACAGCCUUCGACCUCCUCAUCCUCAUGGGCGAGAAAAUGGUAUCCGCAUCCGGCUCCACAAUUGACAACAGCAAAGUCCCGCAUAUGCCUGAAGACGCACCGCCCGUCGUUGCGAACCUCGAGGAAUUCUUCACCAUGGUGACAGCUGGUCUCGCAGGUGGCGCUUCACACAUGGUGUCCGCAUCCAUCACAGCAUUAACCCGCAUCCUGUAUCAUUUCCGCCACUCGCUGAAUGCAGACACGCUCGCUGAGCUUAUUGAGACCAUGGAUCUCUUCCUCACGCACAAGAACCGCGAGAUCGUGCGCAGCGUCCUCGGGUUCGUCAAAGUUUGCGUUAUAUCCUUACCUACCGACCUAAUGCUACCUCGACUAAAGACCCUCAUCCCGAAUCUGAUGGUAUGGAGCCAUGAACAUAAAGCGCAUUUCAAGGCUAAGGUUAAGCAUAUCCUUGAGCGAAUGAUGAGGAGAUUUGGAGUUGAUGUCGUAAAUGAGCAUUGUCCUGAAGAAGACCGCAAACUCAUUGCUAAUAUCCGCAAAACGCGCGAGAGGAAUAAGAGACACAAGGAGGCGGCGAAAGCAGCUGGCGAUGAUGAUGAUGAAGCGGCAGAACCACAAAACGCAAAGAAGAAGGGACGCUUUGAGAGCGAGUACGAUGAAGCUGUUUACGGCAGCGACGAUGAAUCGGAUGGCUCUGAUGAUUCCGACGAUGAGGUUCUUGGCAAGAACAAGAAGGCCGCGAAGAAGGGCGGCAAUACUUAUAUCGUUGAAGAUGAGCAAGAGCCGCUGGAUCUUCUGGACCGUAAAGCGCUGGCCAACAUCUCGUCUACGAAACCUCUCAAGCAGCGACAGCCUGGCAGGACGAAAGCGAAGGUUGAUUUGGAUGGCAAGCUUUUGCUUGGGCAGGACAGCGAUGGCGAUGAUGAUGCGAUGAUUCUUGAUACGCCUGCAGAAGGCCAGGGAGAAGAGGGAGGAGUCGGUGCAUAUGUUAAUGCGAUCAAGGGCCGGGAUGCGGUGCAGAGGGGUAGGGGUGGGAGAUUAAAGUUCUCGAAUAAGAAGAGUAAGGAUGAGGAUGAUGAGAUGGAUGUGGAUGAAGACGAUAUAAAAGCUGUUAAGACGAAGAUUGUUGGGAACCCGAGAGGGGCUUUCAGGGGUGGAAGUGGAAGGGGUAGAGGAAGAGGCGGGUCCCGGGGCUCUAGUGGUAGGGGUGGUAUUGCUAAUGGACGGAGGGGAUUGGGAGAGGACAAGAGACAUGGACAGUCAGGGUCGGGGUCUAGAGGUGGUAGGGUUAUGAAAUCGCCGCGUGGAAACCGUGAGCGUAGAUAA